AUGUCACUGAGCCCUGAAAUGGAUAUGCAGUUGAGUGACCUGCCGUCAACAUCGGUCCCCGACCCGGUUGAGCUACCGAACAGCAUACGUCGAUCCCCACGGAAUCAUGUUGCCUGUGAUGCAUGCCAUAUCCGCCGUGUGCGAUGCGACCUGGUAUCCCCGCGACCUUGUUCAAACUGUCUGCUCAAGAGCCUGCACUGUGGAAUUACACGCAAGCAACGGAAACGAGGACGCAGGGCACGAUCCGAAGUGGCACAUACCGAGGUAUAUGCACCGCUAGGUUGCAACAAUGGAAGCCAGGUGGACGAUAAACGGAGUCCUGUAUCGCUACCGGCCAUGUCAACUACGGGUUUUACUCCCACCCCAGCUUCAGUCACGCAAUCGUUGUCGCCAGAAACCAAUGAAAUCGAUACUCUGUUGGCUUUGUGCUCUGAAUACUGUAGCUCUGUUCCAAAUUCCUCACAGGCCGCAGCAGAACCAGAGGUGCAUAUCGCAGAUAAAUGGCUAUCGACGAUUGAUCUGUCCAGGAAUUUGCCCGACUUGAGUGCAGAAGAUGACAGGCCUCUAUCAUCACUGUCAGGUAAUUGGAAACCGGUCAAUAUGACUCCUAACAUCCCGAGCCAGAUAUCUCCAAUGAUAUUGUCUUCACCAGCAACAAAUCGCCUGGGUCAGGAACAUGAUCCAAGUACAUCGCCGCCGUUGAAAUACCCUGUUUUGAAGGCCGUGAUGCCCAUUCUGGAAACAAACCUGUCUCCACAGCUUGUGUGCCAUUUACUCGAACUUUAUUUCACUUGCACAUUUCCAAAUCAGCUGCAUAUGGUAUAUCGCCAUUUUCCUUGUUACAUUUUGCGCAAGCGCGCCUUUCUGACCGAUGAAUUUCGACCCACCAGCCCUGCACUAUUGACAAGUAUGCUUUGGACCGCCGCUCUGGAUGAUCGGGCCUUUUCGUUAUCGGUCUCAUCCUCGCAAAAAAGCAAAACUUGCCAGUUCCUCGGCAAUUUGACGAGAACGUUGCUACGAGGUUCGGAUUUCGAGGGACCUUCUUUGGCUGAGUUUGGAAGUCCAUCAACGGCUGGUCAUCUGGACCGCGUAAUCACUUACAUACAUAUUGCGUCGAUUUUCUCCACUGGGCAAAUUGCCUCAAGCACAACGUGGUGGAAUGCGGCCUUUGCUCUAGCCCGACAGCUCAAACUGAAUCAAGAGGUGGAGAACGCGCCAUAUGUCAAUAAUCAAACCAAUCAAGCCUUUUGUCAAGGGCUAGUAUUAGAUCGGCCAAACGAACCUACCCAUUUCCAUUAUGAAGAUGCACAGCCAAUUCUGGAUUGCAUAUGCGAGGAAAUCCACGACCCAAGCUAUCUCGCUUUGACACAGGAGCACCACGAAGAGCGAAGGCGAACAUGGUGGCUGCUUUACAUUAUGGAUCACCAUUUUGCGUUGUCUGAGAAACGCUUGCCACAUUUGCUUGAUGCCGAGUGUGAAAAUCUGCUGCUUCCACUAAAUGAAGCCUCUUGGCAGGACGGUGUUGUUCACAAUGACAGAUUCAGUCGUCCGGGGCCUCGAUGUGUUCACUCAAAACACCAGAUCGAACAUCAAAUCUUCCCCGAUUUUCGCUGUCAUGAUUCUUCAUUCUUUGGGUUCUUUCUUCCGCUCAUGGCAAUUGCCGGGGAGAUAUCGAGGCUCAAAUAUGGGCCGUUGCAAUGCGAUGAAGCAUACGAAAUUCAAGAGACUGAAAUACGACGGCAUCUCGAGAUCUAUCAGACUAGUUUGAUCACUCUUGGGGCAUCUCCAGCGCCGCUAAUUGUCGACCCGGAAGUGUCUGACCAACUUGUCAACGCACAGCCAUCACAGGAUUACGCUUGGCAAACACAAACUGUGAUUGCUUACUCGUCAUACCUAGCCCACGUUUUCCAUAUAUUGCUAGCGGGAAAGUGCGAUUGGCUAUUCUUAAUGGAAGAUCAAGAAUUUUGGACUUCUCCAGUCUACGCAUCUACAAUCUUGCACAUAAUAGAUGCGGCAUUUUCGUUACAGCAGAUCUUGAAGUUUGACCCGGACAUCAGCUUCAUGCCUUACUUCUUCGGCGUUCAGCUAUUUCAGGGGAGUUUGCCGGCACUUUUGAUUGUAGAGCGUCUUCAACAAAGGUCCGGCGAGGAUCUUCUCAGUGCCUGCGAGAUUAUAAUACAAGCUACCGAAUCAUGCAUUGUCACGCAAAGUACAUUUUAUCUGAGGAUGUUUCGGCAAUUGUUACGCAGCGCAGUCUCACAGGCUUGGGGUCGUCCUAUGAGUGCUGAUGAGAUUCGACAUCGCCGCAAAGCAGUAUUCGCUCUUUGGCUUUGGACACGAAAGGGGACAAAUUGGCCUGCUGAAUUCGAUAUUCCCUGUCAAGCCUGA